GGCCGCGGAAGAGCUUCCGUUCUCUAGCUCGUCUCACGGCCCUCCCGCAGCCCCGAGUGGGGCGUCAGCUCUGCAUAUAUAAUACAAUGUCGACCCCUCAGCAGACAGAUAUCGCAUAGCAUCAACAUGAAGGUAUUCGUUUGUUUGAUGGCGUUAGCCGUUGCCGUCCAAGCCGGCUACCUCGGAGGCGGUGGCGGUGGCUGGUCCGGCGGUGGCGGAGGCGGAUAUGGCGGUGGAGGCGGAUAUGGCGGUGGUAGCAGUGGCGGCUGGUCCAGUGGUGGUGGAGGUGGUUACGGCGGCGGCGGCGGUGGUGGCUUUGGAGGUGGCCACGGAGGUGGUGGCGGAGGCGGCGGCCAAAUAGUGAAGGUUAUCAAAGUGAUAGUUCCCAGCGGUGGCGGCGGCGGUUACGGCGGCGGCGGCGGCUUCGGAGGCGGUAGCGGUGGUGGCUGGAAAUCUGGCGGCGGUGGCGGCUUCGGAGGCGGCAGCGGUGGUGGCUGGAAAUCCGGCGGCGGUGGCGGCUACGGAGGCGGUAGCGGUGGUGGCUGGAAAUCCGGCGGUGGAAGCAGCGGUUGGUCCAGCGGUGGUGGAGGCGGUGGCUGGAAAUCUGGCGGCGGCGGUGGUUCCUCCGGCUGGUGGUGAUCUCCCGAAUAACGAAUGUCAAUAUACCAAUACC